AUGAGCUCCGGUCAUCACGACGUUGUCAUGAUCAAUGGCCUACCCCACGAACUUUUGAUUGAGAUCCUCGACUUCGUCUACUCCUCGUUGACCCCACAUCGGCGCUACAUCGAUCGCGACAACAUGGGACCAAGACAGCCAGUAUUAUGGAUGCGUAUCAACCACGUCUGUAUGCACUGGCGUAAGAUCGUUUGCACAACACCUACGCUUUGGCGUGAUAUCCACGUCUACUGUCGACCCGAGUGGCUCAAGUUGUGCCUGUCCCGAAUUACGAGCAAGCCUUGUCCGGGCUUGAUCAACCUCUACUUCCACGACCUAUCAUUUCAAUUGCCUCAACUCUUCACUUACCUGGAGCCUCAACAGGUGACCUCCCUCGGGGCGAUCACCUUCUACGCGGACCUGGCGUGGAUGGACAUGUUCUCGCCCCUGUUCUCCUUGCCCAUUCCCAACCUCAUUGCUUUAUCCAUUUACACGAGCCAUAGCUGGUGGCCGUGGCCCUCGAGACUUGACAAAGCCGCUGCAUUUCCUUUGACAGCAUAUGCCCUACCGCGCCUCGAAGAGCUCACACUGAGUAGGAUCCAUCCGCCCACCGAUGUCGCACUUUUCUCUCAUAUGCGGAUACUCGAUCUUUCGAGCUCGCUGUGGAAGACCUCCUUCCCUAAACUCUUGGACAUCAUGGCGGAAUGUACCCUACUGGAACAACUCAAGCUGCAUAAUGUACUCGCAGGCGUAACGGAGGUCCCUACACCGGCUUCAGGUUCCCCCAGCCGCUCUCUCAUCACGCUUCCCCACCUCCACACGCUCAUCAUCACCCACGCGCCAUCACUGGAUAUCUGUGCCCAAAUUCUCUCCCACCUCCUCCUUCCGGCCGCGACGCACAUUGAAGUGGCGGUAGAUGUCAUGGCACUCGGUCACAGCGAACUCCACAACUUCCCUAUCACCUUUGCUGCGCUUCUCCCGCCUUCCGUAUCCGUUCACAUCCCCUCACUUUCCCGCAUCGGCGCGGUGGAAUAUGUGGCAUAUGGUGACAGCUACUCACUUGUCGGGAAAGAGAGCAUUUACGAUGCUCUCGGCAUCGUGCACCUCUCACUAUGCGGUGGUACGCAUCGUGUCGUGCCCGAUGGCCUGCCAGUGGACCUGGGCUGGGGUGUCUCAACAGAGAUUGGCCUUCGAGAUCUCAUCCGAGUCAUUCCCGGGACGAACGUCGAGAGCUUGGAGCUCAUCGUGAACUUCGAUGCCCUGAGCCGCCAGAGCCUCGUCGCCGCGCUGGGAGCAUUCCCGAAGCUCGAAACCUUGUCCCUGAUUGGCAUGGGCGGCGUCGACGCGAUCUGGGAUUCGCUCACACCCGCGAGCGAGGACGCGGAGGUGGUUUGUCCGCAGCUAUCGAAUAUCUCCGUUAGAGGGGGCGACGACAACAGUUUCUAUGCAUCUACGAGCUUCUUGGACGAUGUCGUUCGCGCUCUCGAAGCGCGCGCCAUGCGUGGAUGUGUCCUCAGCUUUCUUCAGCUGUAUAUGUGCCAUUCGUCAGCCGCGCAGUACGCCACGUUCGAGGCUGCAUACGGCCCGCGCUUGAGGAGUCUGGUCGAAGUGGUCCGGUACAAUCCUCUGAAUGUGGAUGAGAGCUACGAGGUAUAGGGAGGGAAGGAAGAAGGAGAGAUGCCUGGUUCUUUCGGAAUUCAAUGGAAAUUAGCUAGAUUACUAUUAUCCGAGGCUAUCCAACUGAUGAUGUGCUGAGUGCUAGGCUCUAGUUCAUGCGACUCUGCCUCCAUUC